AUAAUAACAAUAAUGAUAAUAAUAAUUGACACACUUCAUCAAUCAAUCAAACACCAACAUAUAUUAUCGAAGAUAUAUGGACACACAAAUACUGAACCUAUAUCGGUCCUCCUAGCCGUGUCCCUCCUAGCAGUGCCCCACCGACCUGCCACCGGCGUAAGGAGGGGUGAUGGAGAGCGGGCUGAGCGAGCAGAGAUGGAAGUUCCGAGCCAAUGAGUUCUACACCUCCUCCUCGACAAUCUCUGUCCGUGGCAUCCUUGGUCGGCUUUGGGGCAGCCUCAGCGAGGACAACCCGAGGCCGGUCAUCCCACUAGGCCAUGGCGACCCUUCCGUCUUCCCCUGCUUCUGCACCUCCCCUGUCGCCGAGGGAGCCAUCUUUGAAUCCGUCAGCUCUGGCGGGUUCAACUGCUACUCCUACCCUGUCGGAAUUCUCCCUGCGCGGAGAGUACCUCUCUAAGGAUCUCCCUUAUGCACUGUCUCCCGAUGACGUGUUCUUAACGGUCGGGUGCAUACAAGCUAUUGAGGUCAUCAUAUCGGUCCUUGCACGUCCCAGUGCCAAUAUCCUCCUGCCAAGACCUGGUUUCUUUCACUACGAAACGUGUGCUUCAUCCAGUAACCUCGAAAUGAGGCACUUCGAUCUUCUUCCGGAAAGAGGCUGGGAGGUAGAUCUCAUGGGUGUUGAGAAGCUUGCAGAUGAGAACACAGUGGCAAUGGUCAUCGUAAACCCGGGCAAUCCUUGUGGGAAUGUCUAUAGCUACGACCAUCUGAAGAAGGUCGCAGAGAUGGCCAAAAAGCUCGGGAUUAUGGUGAUCUCCGAUGAAGUAUACGCCCAUCUAGUUUUUGGGAAUACACCAUUCACUCCCAUGGGAGUGUUCGGAUCCAUUGCUCCCGUCUUGACUCUAGGAUCGAUAUCAAAGAGGUGGAUUGUUCCGGGAUGGCGACUCGGUUGGCUUGUUACGACUGAUCCGAAUGGCAUCCUCACAAAACAUGGGGUUGUUGAGUCCAUCAAGGGAUUCCUAAGUACCUCCCCCGAUCCGGCUACCUUCAUACAGGGAGCAGUUCCACAGAUACUUGAGAAGACACCAGAUGAUUUCUUCUCGAGAACAAUCGACGUACUCAAGCAAACUGCAGAUAUAUGUUAUGAGAUGAUUAAAGAUAUCCCCUGCAUUACUUGUCCGUACAAGCCCGAAGGGUCCAUGUUUGUAAUGGUUAAGCUGAAUUUGUCGAUGCUGGAUGGCGUAAAAGACGAUGUAGACUUUUGCAUGAAGCUUUCCAAGGAGGAAUCAGUCAUUGUUCUCCCUGGUGUAGUUGUUGGAAUGAAGAAUUGGCUUCGCAUUACUUUCACCAUCGAGCCGUCUUUGCUCAGAGAUGGGCUAGAAAGGAUUAAGGCCUUCUAUGAGAGGCAUGCCAAAGCGCCGUAAGAUCCGUUACAGACUCAAGCAAAUGACCCAGUGACAGUAGAAACCGACAUCUGCCUGUUGGUCCUCAAGCCCUCCAUCGUAUAAUAGCUUCCAAGCAAUGUUGCUUGUAACUUGUAAUGAAUUGACCAGAAUAAACUCUCUUCCAAAAGAUGCAUUUUGCUUCGCUGCAAAAUGUUCGAAUAUGGAGGGGAAAUUGAGAUUGACAUGGCGACUUCUUGUUCCAAAA